AUGCAACUUGCUGAUGAAGGAUACGACGUUUGGCUAGGAAAUUAUCGUGGCACAACUUAUGGACGCAGUCAUGUUAAAUUGUCUCCAGAUGACAAAAAAUUUUGGGACUAUAGCUUUCAUGAACAUGGAUAUUAUGAUGUUCCUGCAAGUGUUGAUUUUAUUCUCAAUAUUACGAAUCAAAAUUCAUUGACAUAUAUUGGAGUGUCAAUGGGGACAACAAGCAUAUUUACUACAUUAUCAGAACGUCCAGAAUAUAAUUUAAAAAUUCAACUAGUCAUAUGUCUCGGCCCAGUUGCUAGUUUUUCUAACCAACCACAUAUUGAGUUUUUACUGGCUCCUAUCGGCAUUUCCAUACUGAAAAUAUUUGAUCCAAUUGGUCGUUUCGAGAUUAUUCCUCAAUCACCACUUUACAGUUUACUUUUCGAAGAAAUAUGUAUGAAGCAUGAUAUAGUUGAUUUGUGUAUGAUUCCAUUGGAUAUUACAUUUGGCAAGGAUCAUGAACAAAGAGAUACUGAUAAAUUAAGUCACGUUUUAAAAUAUUAUCCUGCUGGUACAUCUGUAAAAACCCUAUUCCAUUACGGUCAAUUUUUAGUACAAAAACGUGGCUUUCGAAAAUACGACUAUGGAAGUAAUAUUAAAAAUAUACAGCAUUAUGGAAAAUCAAAACCACCAAAAUAUAAUUUAAAAAACAUGAAAUCACCUAUGCUUAUUUUUUACGGUGAAAAUGAUCCUGUAUCUACAGCCCAAGAUACUGAAGAAAUUAUAAAAAGGAGACGUUAA